AUGCAGGGCAUCAACAUCUCUGCUCCCGCGCCUCGCGUGAAUUUCGAACUCCUGGGCCAGCACAUCGGCAAGCGGGUGCGCCUGGUGGGCAAGGUGGAGGGCGUGCAGGGCAACUCCCUGCAGCUUCGAGCUGCCGACGAUGGCAUCGUCACGGUGGCGCUGCGAGGGGCGGCUCCCUCCGACCUCUUCAUCGAGGUGGAGGGGACGGUGGACAGCCCCACCGCUCUGAGGGAAGAGUCCAGCACAGGAUUUGGGAGCAACUUUGACAUGGCAAACUACAAUGAGCUCUGCAAACUCUCACAUGGCGAGUUCCGCCCCCUCUUCGUAUGA